ACGCCCUGCUGAGCGAAGGUCAGGCUGGCACGUUCGACUUUGUGUUCAUUGACGCAGACAAGGAGAACUACGACAAAUACUACGAGAGGUCUCUGCAGCUGCUCAGGAAAAAUGGCCUUAUCGCCAUCGACAACGUGCUGUGGCGGGGCCUGGUCUACGACCCCAGCGACAGAUCAACGGAAGUUGCGGCGCUGCGGGAAUUCAACAAGAAGCUACACGAGGACGAGCGGAUAGACGUCUGUCUGCUGCCUCUCGCAGAUGGGAUCACGUUUGCCAGGAAGAGGUGAUGGACAGCUUUACAAGACUGUCGUCACCAGUCG